AGUGGCAAGCUUGGAUUUAAAAGACAAUGAGCAAAACAAACCCAGCGAGCAAAAAUUAUGGCCACCCAGCUAACCUCUCUCCUCCAUCUGAGAACAGAGACUAGCUGUGUGUGUCCCCGAUGAUUGCUGGCGCCGGAGCGUAGACCACCAAAAGUGUCACAUCCAAAGCCACACCUGCACCUAGACAGUGAAACCAAAGAGGCUACACAAUGAGUCAGGGUAAGGACAAUGCACGACUCAAGAGCUACAAGAACAAGUCUCUCAACACAGAUGAGAUGAGAAGGAGGAGGGAAGAGGAAGGCCUGCAACUCCGCAAACAGAAGAAGGACGAACAGCUUUUUAAGAGGAGAAAUGUUGCCACUGUGGAGGAUGAUGGCAUCCCGGAUGAGGAUGGGAUGGCUGAUAGUGGCUACUUGGAGUCCCAGGCCAACAACAUGGACCCACUCAUGGGUGGGGUGAUCUCUGAAGACAUGAUUCAGAUGAUCUUCUCCAGCUCUCCUGAGCAACAGCUAAUAGGUACUCAGCGCUUUAGGAAACUGCUUUCUAAAGAACCCAACCCACCUAUUGAUGAAGUCAUUGCCACUCCGGGGGUGGUGGAGCGUUUUGUUGAGUUCCUGAAAAGAAGAGAAAACUGCACAUUGCAGUUUGAGGCUGCAUGGGUGUUGACCAACAUUGCUUCAGGUACAUCUCACCAGACGCGGGUGGUAAUCCAGGCAGGAGCUGUGCCUAUAUUCAUAGAGAUGCUCAGCUCAGAUUUUGAGGACGUACAGGAACAGGCGGUGUGGGCUCUGGGAAACAUAGCAGGAGACAGCACAGAAUGCAGAGACUUUGUCAUAGACUGCAACAUACUGCCCUCACUGGUGCAGUUAUUGGCCAAACAGAAUCGUCUAACAAUGAUGAGAAAUGCAGUGUGGGCGCUCUCAAACCUGUGCAGAGGAAAGAACCCACCUCCAGACUUCACUAAGGUGUCUCCAUGUCUCAGCGUGCUGUCUUGGCUGCUGUUUGUAAAUGAUACGGACAUCCUAGCUGACGCAUGCUGGGCGCUCUCCUACCUAUCAGAUGGCCCAAAUGACAAAAUCCAGGCUGUUAUUGACUCAGGAGUCUGUCGCAGGCUCGUCGAACUGUUGAUGCACUCUGAUUAUAAGGUGGUCUCUCCUGCACUGCGGGCUGUUGGAAACAUAGUCACUGGAGAUGAUUUACAGACACAGGUGAUUCUGAACUGUUCAGCACUGCAGUCUCUGCUUCACCUUCUGAGCAGUCCCAAAGAGUCCAUCAAGAAGGAAGCGUGUUGGACGAUCUCCAACAUCACUGCAGGGAACCGAGCACAAAUACAGAUGGUGAUAGAUGCAGGUCUGCUGCCUCCGCUCAUCACCAUCUUGCAAGUAGCAGAGUUUCGCACAAGGAAGGAGGCAGCGUGGGCCAUUACCAAUGCCACCUCAGGGGGCUCUGCAGAGCAGAUUAGGUACUUAGUGGAACUUGGCUGUAUAAAACCUCUGUGUGACCUGCUCACACUCAUGGAUUCCAAAAUAGUUCAGGUGGCUUUAAAUGGCCUAGAGAACAUCCUGCGACUGGGAGAACUGGAGGCCAAGCGGGGAGGAGGCAUCAACCCCUAUUGUGCACUCAUUGAAGAAGCCUAUGGUCUGGACAAGCUGGAGUUCCUGCAGAGCCACGAGAACCAGGAAAUCUACCAGAAAGCCUUCGACCUGAUUGAGCGCUACUUCAACACUGAAGAUGAGGAUCCAGCUUUGGCUCCAGCCGUCGACCUGCAGCAGCAGCAGUUCCUCUUCCAGCAGUGCGAGGCCCCGAUGGAGGGCUUCCAGCUAUAAUGCUGAUUCCUUCCUUUUCCCUGAGCUCCACCUUCAUCCUCACUUUUGCUAUCUUGUCUCACUCUGUCCCACAGCCAUAAUCCAGGGUGACAUGCCUCGGCCUCCCCCUUCUGGUUCCCUUUUCACUGUUGGAGAGAUUUAAUUAUCGUCAUGAUUAUUAAAAAUGCACCAUUAAAGGAGCACACUGUGUUCACGCAUCCAA